CGUCCGCAGUACUUCAUCGUCCAUUGAUAAUUUCGGUUGUAUUAUUAAAAUCGGCGCACAAAUCUAUUAUUUUUGAAAACAAAAUUUAAGACAGGAUUACACACACAAAAUAAGAUCAAAAAAAUUUGUUUUCGUUGUACCUGUUCCGAAUUGUAUUUAUGUGCCUGGUGUGUGCAGAAGAGUGCUUUUGAUCAUUCAGAAAAACGGAAACAACGUCAAAUUCGAGAAAGUUUUUCCGAGUGUUAAUUUUGACUGAAUCGGAAACGGAAAUCCAUUGAAAAACUAGUGUUUCCUUUUGUGUUACAUUCUGUGAAAACUAUCUCUGUACUGCUUGAUAUUUGGAAGCGUAAACAGAUUAAAUAUGAAAUCGACCAUACUGUGGAUGGUAGUUGGAGCAACGUUACUGUUUGGCGAAUCAGUGAACGCAUGGGGUGGUCUGUUCAAUCGUUUCAAACCGGAAGCGCUUAAAAAUGAAGGAUAUGGCAGUCACAGCGGCAUCGGCUAUUAUCCAUUCUAUCAGAAUGACGUCUAUGAAGACGAACCAGAUGAACCGUGUUACGGCAAACGAUGCACAGCAAACGAAUAUUGUUGCCCUGGAAGUGUCUGUGUAAACGUUGACGGAGUUGUUGGAAAUUGCCUAUUCGCUUACGGCCGAAAACUUGGUGAGCUAUGUCGUCGGGAUGCCGAUUGUGAGUCUGGCCUAGUCUGUGAUGUUUCGGCUACAAGUGGAGCAAGUGUAUGUCGAGCGCCGAUGGCAUUGGCCAAACAAUAUGCAGAAGAUUGUACAACAUCUAGCGACUGUGAUAUAUCCAGAGGACUUUGUUGUCAAUUGCAGAGACGUCACCGGCAGGCUGCACGCAAGGUCUGUUCGUACUUCAAAGAUCCUCUAAUAUGCGUUGGGACAGUGGCUACAGACCAGAUAAAACACGACAUACAGCACACAGCUGGUGAGAAGCGUAUAACGUCGGCCUUUAAGCAUAACAUGAUCUAAAUAAAACGGACUAAGAAUGAUAUCCACUGCAAUUUAAAGCAUCUUCAUAAGUUUAAAUUUAAAGCAAAAAAAUGAAUAUUUUAGGGAAAUAAAUUAAAAAAGAAAAAAAAAUAACAAAAAAACCAUUAAAAAAAUGAUAUUCACGUAUUUCAAAGAAAUAAAAAAAAAAAUUAAGAAACAAACAAACCGAAUAGAGUUUGGAAACUGUGACUUAAAAGUUUAAAUUUAAAAACAAAAAAAUUUAUGCGAAGACGAAGGAGAUUGUAACCUAUACAUAUCAAUUGCUGUCCUUAUUUUGUAUAAAAUACAUGACGUUAAAUUUAUUGAGAAAAAAGAGAUAAAAGAAAAAAAUAUUUAUUAAAGAAAAGAAAUCUUUCGUUCCAUUUACAAAAACAAUUUUUUUUUUUGAUUAUUUCUACCUAUUGGAAUUAUUAAAAAAAUAAAUUUUUAAGAAAACAAAGUGUUGUCAUUAUACAGAAUAUAAUAUAAAUGUAGCAAGAGUAUUACAAGAAUCUCAGUUUUUCAUAUAUUUUUUGGUCCACGAGAAGAAGAAAAAUUUUUAACCAAAAAAAAAAUCCGUUUUAAACAUCCAAUUUCCCACCUUAUUUUUCUGAUGUUUAAAACAGCGAAAAUCACCGAAAAGAAUUCAAUUCAAAGUAUUAAAAAAAAUCUACAUUUGCUGACGAUGAAAUUAAUAAUUAAAGAAUUUGAAAAUGGAAAGCAAAUCCACAGAUGUCUCCACACAAACAUCCAGUAUUCUGUGUAUCUCAUUGAAAUUAUGGUCUAAAGAAACUACUUAAGUCUUAAAUAUAUUAUAACUUAAAUUAGUAUUACAGUAAAAAC